CUACAAUUACCGGUUUCGAUCGGAUGUCGUCUCACCGGACCGGAUGGCGUUUGUGUUGAGGAAGUUUUGUUUUGCGAGUUUUUCGUUCGUUUCGACUCGCUGGGGUUUUAGUUAACUUAGGAAUACGACACUAUGUUGCUCUGAACUGGCAGUGAUUUAUAGGAGCUCAGGAUUUCAAAGUCGAAUUAAAUAUUUGAGCUGCUUGAAUCGGCUGAACUCAACACUUACGAGCAACCAGAGAGCACAUCGCUGCUAAGCUAACAUUAGCCUCCGGUUUUCGUUUAACUGAAGGGCUCUCCGAGCUAAACGAAGCCAUGGGGAACCGGGGCAUGGAAGAACUGAUUCCCCUGAUCAACAAGCUUCAAGAUGCUUUCAGCUCAAUUGGGCAGAGUUGCAAUUUAGAUCUUCCACAAAUUGCCGUAGUCGGAGGACAGAGCGCUGGAAAAAGCUCUGUAUUGGAAAACUUUGUUGGCAGGGACUUUCUUCCUCGGGGAUCAGGUAUUGUUACCCGCAGACCUCUCAUUUUGCAGCUGGUGAAUAAUAUAGCAGAAUAUGCUGAAUUCCUGCACUGCAAAGGAAAGAAGUUUGUGGAUUUUGAUGAAGUCCGGGCGGAAAUCGAGGCAGAAACCGACAGAAUCACUGGAUCCAAUAAAGGCAUUUCUCCUAUUCCCAUCAACUUGAGGGUCUAUUCCCCAAAUGUAUUGAACCUGACCCUGAUCGACCUCCCAGGCAUGACUAAGGUUGCUGUAGGAGAUCAGCCGCCGGACAUCGAGCAUCAAAUCAGAGACAUGCUGCUGCAGUUCAUCACCAAGGAGAGCUGUUUGAUCCUAGCAGUCACUCCUGCCAAUACUGAUCUGGCUAACUCAGAUGCUUUGAAGAUUGCCAAGGAGGUUGACCCACAAGGUCUGCGUACCAUUGGUGUCAUAACAAAACUGGACCUGAUGGACGAAGGCACAGAUGCAAAAGAUAUCCUUGAAAAUAAACUGCUGCCACUGCGAAGAGGUUACAUCGGUGUGGUGAACAGGAGCCAAAAGGAUAUCGAUGGAAAGAAGGACAUCCGUGCUGCUCUGGCUGCAGAGAGGAAGUUCUUCCUUUCACACCCUGCCUACAGACACAUGGCAGACCGAAUGGGCACAUCACACCUACAAAGGACACUUAACCAGCAACUGACCAAUCACAUCAGGGAUACCCUUCCUGGUCUGCGCAGCAAGCUGCAGAGUCAGCUUCUCUCCCUGGAAAAGGAGGUGGAAGAGUAUAAAAAUUUCCGUCCAGAUGAUCCAACUCGUAAGACAAAAGCAUUGUUGCAGAUGGUGCAGCAGUUUGGUGUGGACUUUGAAAAAUGUAUCGAAGGCUCUGGGGACCAGGUGGACACCAAUGAGCUGUCAGGAGGUGCCAGGAUAAAUCGAAUCUUUCACGAACGCUUCCCCUUCGAGCUAGUCAAGAUUGUGUUUGAUGAGAAGGAGCUGAGGAGGGAAAUCAGUCAUGCAAUCAAAAAUGUCCAUGGUGUCAGAACGGGGCUGUUCACUCCAGACCUGGCGUUUGAGGUCAUCGUGAAAAAGCAGAUAGUUAAGCUGAAAACACCCUGUCUCAAAUGCAUCGAUCUGGUCAUUCAGGAGCUCAUCAACACGGUCAGGCAGUGCACCAACAAGCUAAAUUCCUACCCCAGACUGAGAGAGGAGACGGAGAGGAUCGUCACCACCCAUAUCAGGGAGAGAGAAGGGAAGACCAAGGAUCAGAUUCUGCUGCUGAUUGACAUCGAGUUGUCCUACAUCAACACCAACCACGAAGACUUCAUAGGCUUCGCCAAUCUAGACUACAGAAGGCUGGAUGAUGGUAGCUCCCCAGGGUACGCCAACAACAGCGCUCAGCAGAGAAACAUUGCUUCAAACAAGAAGAGGGCCAUGCCCAACCAGCUCGGCCUGCUGGGAGAGGUCCAGGAGGAAGAGGUGAUCAGGAAAGGCUGGCUAACUCUUCACCUCAGCAUCAUGAAAGGAGGCUCUAAGGAAUACUGGUUUGUCCUGACAGCUGAGUCCCUCUCCUGGUACAAAGAUGAGGAGGAAAAAGAGAAGAAGUACAUGUUGCCUCUGGACAACCUGAAGCUCAGAGAUGUUGAGAAAGGCUUUAUGUCCACAAAACACAUCUUUGCAAUCUUCAACAUUGAACAGAGAAAUGUCUACAAGGAUUUUCGUCAAAUAGAACUGGCCUGCGACUCUCAAGAGGACGUGGACAGCUGGAAAGCCUCCUUCCUGAGGGCAGGGGUUUAUCCUGAGAAGGACCAGGUGGAGACUGAAGAGGCCGCCCCUGCAGAAACCUUCUCCAUGGACCCUCAGCUGGAGCGGCAGGUGGAAACCAUUCGCAACCUGGUGGAUUCAUACAUUGGCAUCGUCAACAAAUCCAUCAGAGACCUGAUGCCCAAAACCAUCAUGCACAUCAUGAUCAACAAUGCUAAAGAUUUCAUCCACUCUGAGCUGCUGGCUUAUCUUUAUUCAUCUGGGGACCAGAACAGCCUGAUGGAGGAGUCGGCUGACCAGGCCCAGCGCAGAGAGGAGAUGCUGCGUAUGUAUCAUGCCCUCAAGGAGGCGCUGCACCUCAUUGGUGACAUCACUGCUAGCACAGUCUCCACCCCGUUACCGCCGCCUGUAAAUGAUUCAUGGAUCCCAGAAAGCAGCCCGACUCCUCAGCACAGACCUCCUCCUGCAGCGACUCAGCCUCCCAAUCGUCCUCCUGUUGCUCGUGGACCAACACCAGGACCACCCGUGAACCCCACCCAAGCUUUUGGAGCUCCACUUAAUCCCUCUCCAGCUUUUGGGGCACCCCCUAUCCCCUCCCGGCCCGUCCCACCUGGCGGUGCCUUUAACAGCCACCAGGAUCCAUUCAGUGCACCGCCACAGAUCCCCUCCCGCCCGGCCCGUGUCCCACCCGGUGUGCCCAGCCGAAGACCUCCUGGUGCUCCGUCUCACCGGCCCACCAUUAUACGUCCUGCAGAACCUUCCCUGCUAGACUAGAGCUGUGGCCAGGCCCACCUAAGCGUGUGUGUGUGUGUGUGUUGGGGUGGGGGGUGUUGUGUGCGUGUGGAUGUGUGUGUCUGCGCACUACUGGCUGGGGGAGGGGCUGACUUAGACCCAGCUUUGAUGGUUUGUUCAAGCAAAUGUUAUAAAGCUGCUAAUUCUACUGGUAAACGGGGAGGAGAGGGAGAAAGGCCCAAACCACUGGAAUAAAAGUGAAGAUGACUCCUAACAGGAGGAGAUCAUGAAUAAACAUCAGUUUAAGGUCUAAAAAAAUUCAUUUAAUCACUUUUUGUUUCCACUUCCUGAACUGGUUCCCAGCAUAGUGUCACUUAGUUGGUCCUGGUGAUUCUCCUUUUCUUCUCCUCCCUCCUUUGUAGAUGAACUCACAUGCUCUGUAACACACACACACACACACGCACGCACACACACCUAAACUGUCAUUGAUUGUUUUGUUACUGGGUUUCUGUAUCUCAACUGGUUUCAUACUGGAAAACAACUCUGGCUACUUUAGCUAGUGCUGACGCGUCACACACACACACACACAUUGAUACAUUCGAUGUUUUAUUUUGUUAGCUUUACAUGAAACUUUUUGAGACGCAGCAGAAAAACGUUCAGGAGGAGGGCAGCGAGUUAUGACAACCCCCCCGCGUGAAUAGGAGAUGAGGAUGAGUCUGACCGUUGCAGUUUAAGCACUUGUUACCAUGUAGCCUUUCAGGACGUUGUAACAGGGUCAGUAGGACACUGUGGGACAGGCUGGUGUUUAAUCCCGCUGUCCCAUGGAGUUAGACGGCCUCAGAUGAAGUCCUGAUCCAGCUUAUUUAAAUGAACCGGAGCAUGCAGGACCGUUUUCUCUCAAAGAGAAUGAGACUUGGUGAUUUAUCAGGGUGUGGAGGGGGGCAGGUGUUGGUUUUAGAGUAUGCAAAUGGAUUUGAGGAUAGAGAUGUGUCUUCUCUUUUGAAAACAUUUAUUAAUGAUAUAGUUAUUUGUUCUGCGUCCAUGUGUUAAAGCAUCGUUGUACAUAGCUGGUCUGUUUUGGAGCAUUGCUUCAUCUUUUCAUAUUAGCCAUAAUCAGAACAGGUGCUGUAAUAAUGCAACUAUAGCCUUCAAAUCACAGGAAGAACUCAUUCUAUCAUUUAUUGAUUUUAACAGAUUUCUUUCACUUCCUCUUUCAUUAUUUAUAACCAGGGCAUUUGUCUUCUCUGUGUUUGUGAUUGCAGUCGUAACUCGGUACAGGUUCCUUCUUACUGGGCUGAUGGGUCUUUGCAACAACAGCUGUGAUUAUUCACUGAUGGAAUAUUGUUUGCCUUUUUAAAAUUUGACUUUGAUUUUCUUAAAGAUCUUGUUCUUGUCUGGGGGGGGGGCUGUUUGGUUUAAUUUGUGGUGAUGGUUAUGUACAAAUGCACAUCCUGUCAUGAGAAGCUGCUUCUCUAAAGAGGAAAAAGAAAAUUAGACGACCUGAACAGAAGAACUAAAUUCCAAACUCAACCGUCUGAAUCUUAAGACAGAAUGUGCUUCGUGUUUAUUUUUCUUGGCCCUGCUUCCAGUGACACAGCGAUAGUCUCAUCUGCAGAACAACCUUGAGCGAUUGCCUUGAUGGUCUUUUUCAUAAAACAAAGUCAUGUAAAACUACAUUUGGUCAGUGAUCUGAUAAAACCAGAGAGACUCUUGUGUGCCUGUCACUGCAGGCUGGGCCUCGAGGAGCCAUGUAGACAUGCAGAUGUGGGAAUUACACGGUGUCCCUCCUCUUCCCCCCCCCCCCCCCCCCCUUAUCAAAAUGGACAGAGGCUGGAGACAACGUGCAAACAUCUUUCUGUUUGUUUUGCAAACCCUUGUGAAGUGCCGCUGUAGCCGUUCAUUGAUUUUAAAGGAACGCCAUGACCUGAUUUAAAAAAGAAAAUGAAAUAAAGAAGUGUGUACAAUAAAGGGACUGGCUCUGGUG